AUGUGGUUUCAGGCACUAUUCUAUUCAGCACUACUCUGCGCACGUGAAAUGCUUGCACCAGAGGAUGGAUCAGCUGAUCUUGUCCGUGCUUUAAACAAUCGCCUUCUUGCUUUGUCAUUUCAUAUAAGGGAGUAUUAUUGGAUUGAUAUGAGAAAACUUAACGAGAUUUACCGCUACAAGACCGAAGAGUACUCAUACGAUGCUGUUAACAAAUUCAAUAUUUACCCUGAUCAAAUUUCUCCUUGGUUAGUGGAAUGGAUGCCAAAUAAAGGAGGCUAUCUAAUUGGGAAUUUACAGCCUGCUCACAUGGAUUUCCGGUUCUUUUCUCUUGGAAAUUUGUGGUCUAUUGUUAGUAGCCUGGCAACUGUAGAUCAAUCAAAUGCUAUAUUGGAUCUUAUUGAAGCCAAAUGGUCGGAUUUGGUUGCAGAUAUGCCGUUUAAAAUAUGUUAUCCUGCACUUGAAGGCCAGGAGUGGCAGAUCAUCACCGGCUGCGAUCCCAAAAACACGCCUUGGUCAUACCACAAUGGAGGUGCAUGGCCAACUCUGCUUUGGCAGCUCACCGUUGCAUGCAUUAAAAUGAAUAGGCCAGAAAUUGCAGCCAGAGCCGUUGAGGUUGCAGAGAAGCGCAUAUCAAAAGACAAGUGGCCUGAAUAUUACGAUACCAAAAGAGCUCGCUUCAUCGGGAAGCAGGCACAUCUUUUUCAGACCUGGUCUAUUGCGGGAUACCUUGUCGCAAAACUUCUACUGGCCGAUCCCAGUGCUGCUAAGAUUUUGAUUACCGAAGAGGAUUCUGACCUUGUCAACGCCUUGUCCUGUGCUAUCAGUUCCAAUCCUAGGAGAAAUCGUGGCCCAAAGAGUUCCCAGAAGUCGUACAUAGUAUGA